AAGUAGACGACGGUAGGCAUAUGUUCUGCCAUGUCAACUAGAAUUAUGUAUAAGAAUUUUGAUAAUUCACAAGAUGCAGAAAGCAUCGAAUUCCCAAUUAAAUAUAAUGGUUAAUGGAGAAUUCUACAUUAUUCUCAUCCAUCCAAUACAAAAGUAGAAGCAUCAGCUUCAUCAAGAAGCAGCCAUCCUUAAUUUUCUCCCGGAAGUGAUGGGCUAAAAAGAGAGUCCUCCGUUUGUAAAGCGUAUACAGAAUCAAUGAUCAUGAAGGAGAGUCAAUCUUUUUCUUGUGUUUUUAUUAUUCAGCCCAGGCACGUCACUGGAAAUCACAUGAUUGAAAAUCACUGUAAACCUCUCUAAAAUGAAAGCUGGGAUCUAGCUAAACUUGGUUCCCACAGAAAUAAAGGGUGUUUUCUUUUCUCCUGAGAGUUAUUCCUGAUCCUGAAUGGAGCCACCAGCUGCAUGCAUGUGCAGGAGUAGCCGGUCUUCUUCAUGUGAUAGGUUGCUGGCUAUUAGCUUGACGCUUCUAGCUGUGUUUUCACCUCUCUAUAUCAACCGAAGGGCGGCAAGCGACUUGGAACUCAAAGACCAACUCAUCAAUCUUGAUUCCUGGUUGCCUCUUUUGCUUUUGCUUCUCAUCUUGGCCAUAGCCUCCCCCCUUUACCUGGACCAGACCUUUUCCAGGUUUGAUCCUUACUGGAUACACAGAUUUGGGGGUUCUUCUGGUGGUAUCAUCAUCAUUCUUUUGGUUCUUGCUUUGGUUUUGAAGUGUAAAACUUCUAUGAUGAACUAAAAGGCCUGACUGCAAUUUGUGUUCUGAAAUUUUCAUUACUUUGAGAGCCUAGAGAUGGGUAAGUUAUAAAAUUGAUGUAAGUUUCAUAUGA